GAAACCUUAUCGAAUUUGUUGGCAUGGUUACUUAAUUUUAUUUUGUUAUAUAUGGUAACCGGUAAUCAAUUCUUAAUUUGGUUCUGUUUUAUUUGUUGUACUAUUGUACAUUUAUAUUCAAAUUAUCGUGCUGUAAAAUGUUUAAAAUUACGAACAUUUAAUCGUACACGUUUUCAUUUAGCUAUACAACAAUGGUUUAAACAACAAUAUUGUAAUGAUUCAAUAUUAAAGAAUAACAAUGAUGAUGAUAAUGAUAAUGAUGAUAAUGAUGGUAUGAAUAAAAUACGUGAAUAUGUUUUAAUGAAUCAAUCAUUUCCACAUGUUAUAUGGGUUAAUCAAUAUGAACCUAUUUUAUCUAAAAUUGAUCAACCUAAAAUUAUCAUGGGUUGUUCAUUGUAUAAAUUACCUAUUGAAGGACAGAAAUUGUUACCGAAUUUAAUACGAUUAUGUGAAAAAAACAAUUACAUUUUGUAUUGUUCCAAUUGGGAAGCUGUUCAACAAGGUAACUCAAUUAUCCCAUUGACAAUGUAUAUUGUUCUAUUUUCUGAAUCGAAACCUUUGGAUCAGUUGAAAGCUAUGCUACAUGUAGAAUUAAUAACAUUCAUAGUAAAGUAUCCCUUUAAAACAAUAUUAUCUCAUAAAAUAUUGGAAGAAAUCAUUCAAGCAAAAAAUUAUUAUGAAUUUUUACAAUUAACUAUAAAUUAUGUCAAUGAAUUAUGGUAUCCUUUAUUGAAUUCAUUACAAACUAAUCAUGAAUGGAAUAUAGAUUCAUUUCAAUUUGCAUCAGAUAUAUGGAGAUUAAAAAAAUCGAUAUAAAUAAUCCUGUAUAUAGUUUGUAAUGAUGUCUAUUAUUGUUGUUAUUGUUGUUGUUCUUGUUGUUGUUUCUUAUUUGUAAUAAAUAUUUUAAUAUGAA